CUACUUUGAAGGCCGGAAGCUAAAGAGGAAGGGACAACCGGAAGUUUACGUGCAUUCCACGUGCAGUGCUCCACUAGCUGUCAGCCUGUUUAUUUCAGCGUUUUCUUCUCUUCGUUGAGUUUCCAGCAGAAACCACAAUGUCCGAAAGAAAAGUAUUAAACAAAUACUAUCCUCCGGAUUUCGAUCCGUCCAAAAUCCCAAAGCUCAAACUCCCCAAAGAUCGACAGUAUGUGGUCAGAUUGAUGGCUCCAUUCAACAUGAGGUGUAAAACAUGUGGCGAGUACAUCUACAAGGGGAAGAAGUUCAAUGCACGCAAAGAGACUGUUCAGAAUGAGCUGUACAUGGGACUGCCUAUCUUCCGUUUCUACAUCAAAUGUACCCGAUGUCUUGCCGAAAUCACGUUUAAGACUGACCCAGAGAACACGGACUACGCGAUGGAGCACGGUGCAACACGAAACUUCCAGGCAGAGAAACUAAUUGAAGAGGAGGAGACGCGAAUCCAGCAGGAGAGAGAAGAGGAGGAAUUGAACAACCCCAUGAAGGUGUUGGAGAACCGCACAAAGGAUUCUAAGAUGGAGAUGGAGGUGUUGGAGAACCUCCAGGAGCUGAAGGAGCUGAACCAGAGGCAGGCUCUGGUGGACUUUGAGGGAAUGAUCGACCAGUACAGAGAGAUGGAGAAGAGAGAGAGAGAACAGGAGAAAGAAGAGGAUGAGCGAGAAACAAAGGAGAUGCUGGAGCGUGCCCUCGUAAAAAGAUUAAGAGACUCCGACUCUGGUUCAGAGAAAGAAGAGGAGAGCAGCAGCUCACAGUCAAACAAGUCCAGCACAGACAAGCCAACAGACAUCCUCACCGAUGACAAACUCACAGAGACACAGGGAGCCACAGCUGGAGGGGUGAAGCGGGCCAAGACGGAGAGCUGGGAGAGGAGUGUGGGCACACUGGGUGGUAGAAAAUCACUGGGGUCUCUGGUGGUGCGAAAGAAACCGACAUCAGCGAUCAACAAACCCAGUCCAGUUGCAGCCACUGCUGCUCCCUCUUCACAAACAGAUUCAAAGGCGUCAACGACGACCGACUCCACAAGCGCUUCAAAGCCCAAUACCACACAAAAUGAAUCGUCAUCUCUCAGCCUGCUGGGGGCGUAUUCAGACAGUGACAGCAGUGACAGCGAAUGAGAGGAAGAUGACAUGAGUGACUGACACUUAGUUGUAUGAAUAAUGCAAGAGGGAAUAUAAUGAUAUGGACCUUUUUGUAAAGCAGAAAUCAAAGUCAUGUGUAAACCAGUUUGUGGGUUUAGCUUUUCUGUGAAGAAAUGACUGAUAGCAAGUCAUUGUGUUGGUGGACAGUUGUUUGCAGGAAUUGUAUUGUCUGCUGUUCAAAUCCAGUGAAACCAUAGUAAUCUUUCUCAGCAGAUCCACUGGUUCGUGGACCUGUUGUUACAGAGAAUUUAACUUUGAAAAAAAAUUGAAACAUUUUAAUUUUUGUGAGAUACAUUUUUUUAUUUUUUAUUUUAGCGUAUAUUAAAAAUUGUUUAACUCAUUGUUUUUGAAAUAUUUUUGACAUCUUGCAACACCUUAACUAUCUUUCUUUCUUUCUUUCUUUUCCUAAAUCUACAUAAAUUAAUGUAGAUCAGAAAAGCAAGAAUACCUGCUACAAACUUAUCUUAGUGCUGAAAAGGGGGAAAUAAGCUUAUGUAAAAGCAGAGUGAUAUUUUACAUGGUUAAUAAUGCUGAUUUAUGUAAUCCAAGAUUUGCACUGGAAUAAAUAAUCAUAUCACUA